AUGCAGGACACGGGACGAGCCACGAGCUUCGCUGCGGUGCUGGAUCUGCGCACUCACUCGGCUGAGAACGUGAGGCCGCAAGGCAGGCGGCUAAACGGGCCCGCGCUUGUCUUUUGGGACAACGGUGGCUUCAGAGACUGCGAUUGGCAAAGCCUGCAGAACAUGUAUGACAGUGGCAAGAAGCACAGCCCCAGCCAAGUCGGAAAGUACGGCAUGGGAUCCAGAUCUCUCUUUCAUAUCGGAGAUAUGAUACAGAUUGUAUCUGGUUCGUGCUAUGCAGUUUUGGAUCCAGACAACAGGCUUGAGGGAAACUUCGGAGAGCAGACGAACUUUGUGGAGAAGGUGUUCGACCGGAAGUCUUUGGCAGAAGCAUUUCCAGACGAAUGCUCUCCCUUUGUAGGCCUCUUCGGUUGUACCAUGAAGGUACCUUUCCGGCUUGAGGAGUUUGCGCGAUUCUCGACCUUCAUGCAGAAGGCAUUCCCACCGGAUCGGGCGUGGCAUGUUUUUCGAGACUUUCAGCGAUCGCUGUCCCGAGGGGACCUUACACUAUUCCUCUCCAACAUUCAGCAAGUUGACCUCUGUGUGUGGAAAGAUGGCGAAGCUGAAUUCGAGAAGAUUCUCAGCAAGCAAUUCUUCUCAACAUCUGCUCAGGAGCUGCCCAAUGACAUGCGAAAGGUUCGCACGUUUCUUGAGGACUUCAGCGAAGUGUCCGCUUUGCAUGAAACGCUUGCGGCGACAUUUCAACCGGGGACGCUUUGCCAAGAGCAGAAGAGAGUGCCCUUUGUUCAUGACCUCGUGCGCGUGCAGAUCCAGGAGGUGAAGGACGGAGAUCCAGUCACGUCGAGCCAGGUGUGGAUGCGUUUCGGCCAGUUCUUUGAUCCCGCGGCGCCUUUCCAAGAGCUACGUGAAGAAUGUAGCGAGGUGCCCUUCGUCUGUCUGGCCAUGCCGCUCAAUGGCUCCUUCGGAGAUGGCAGUAUCUACACCUACUUGCCGUUGCCCAUCGAGACAGGGCUUCCUCUACACGUUCAUGCAGGUUUCUGCCUCAUGGACAACCGCCGCGAUCUGUGGCGGAACUCGCAAGAUUUGGAUGGUGAUCAUGCCAGCUGGGCCGUGUGGAAUGAGCACAUCAUGCAGGACGUCGUGCCAAGGCUUUAUGCUUCCAGCAUUGAGUGGCUGAUGUCGGAUCCCGUACGCGCUGGAGAUUAUGGCCCUGAACUGCGGGAUGUGGAAGUGUUCAACCUGUGGCCGAGGGGUGACACAAUCAAGGAGCUCGUCCUUCCAUGCAUCGCAGAGUUCACGCGCCAGUGCACGCAGCGGCCCCUUCUCCGGGAUGUGGAGGGCGAGCUGGUUUCUCCGGCGGCGGCUCACCUGCUGGAUCUGCCUACCCGACCUCUUCAGCAUCUGCGAGGUGACUUGCAGCGCUGGUGUUUGGAGUUGGGGUAUCGAGUUGUAGAUCCUCCCCAACAUGUCACUAGCCUUUUGGAGCAACAGUCUGCCAUCUCCCAACAGAAGUGCCCGUGGCUGAUGCAUUUGGUUCUGCAACAUCUUUCAGAAGCUCCGAGCGAAGUCCCUCGAUUGCGUCGGUAUCUGCUCGCCUUGCUACACUGGGCAAGAACCUCGCUGGGCCAGCAUGACUUGGAUGAGUUGAAGUCGAAGCUAGCUGCCAUCUCGUGGAUUCCUGUUGGGUCAUCGCACCAGGGAUCCUCGACAUUGUUGCCCAUUCAAGAAGCGUUCGAUCCACAUGCCGAGUUGUUCCAUUUCAGCGCUGCCGCCAGCAAGCGAGCUGCCUUCUUGGAGGGUGACCUGGCAGAUUUCGCACCUGAGGAGGCGGCUUCUGCUGUGGACCCUUUUGUCUUGUGA